GAGUUCUUCCCCGCGGACGGCACCAGCGGGAGUGGCCACAUCAAGCGGCAGAUCGAGCUGGACAAACAGGAGAGUAACCGCAUCCGCACCGAGAUGCAGCAGGGCAGGCCGCUGGCCGCCACGCUCCAAAGCAUCUCGGGUUUCAUGGGAAGGGCCCAGACCAGCAUCGACAAAGACAAGAAGUUCGUGGAGGAGAAACGCGAGCAAGCCAGGGCAGCCAUCGCGAUCGCCGAGGAGCAGGAGGCACACAUCGCCGAGCAGGAGGUGGAGUUCCUGGAGCUCCAACGGCAGCGCGCAGACAUCCUGCGCGCGCCCCCGCCGCCGCUCGUGCUUCAAGGCGCAGACGCAGGGCGGAACCAGCCCGCCGUGGACGCCCCCGCCAAUCAGAUGGAGGCCCUGCUCGGCGCCGUCGGCGCUGGCCAUUCCUUCCGUCAGCAGGCGCAGGCGCUCUUCAUGGGCGGGCGGCCUUGCGACGCCAGCGGCCGCGGCAGCAGCCCGCCCGCGGCAGCCCCCCCCUCCGUCCCUGUGCUGGACAUUGCCAACGUGGGGAGCAUCCGUCAGCGGCUCAUGCACAUCCAGCACCUAGGGGUCGAGGACCAGAGGAAGCCGCGGGGCGCGGGCGCGGACAGCGCCGAUCAGGAACCUCGAAGCAGGGACUGCGAUCCUCGACUCGACGAUGAGGUCUGUGACCGAUUCAUGCGAAUGCCGCUGCUGGAAUGUCUGGUCAGGCGCGGCACCAACGAGAUUCUGGUCGCCCAGGAGCACCACGCGGUGGAGGAAAGGCUCGGGGAGGAAGUUCAGGCCUCGGCACUCGACCUCGGCCGGCACGGCAUCUGGGGAGCUGGCCCCCCCCCGGACGCGGGCAGCGGCAAUCGGGGCGGAGUCAGGGUGCUUGCCCCGAGCCGCGCGCCCGCCGGAGGCGCCGCCGGGCAUGAAGGGCGCGCCCCGGGGCCAUGGGGGCCGCGGCGCGUCGCGCCCACGCCGCCGCCCGAGCAGGCAGGGGUUGGGGCCGUCACGAUCUUUCUGCGCACAAGGCAAGGCAUGCCCCUUGAAAGCUUGGGCGCGCUCUGGAAGAUCGUCAAGUACCUCAAGGCCUUCGACGUCAUGUGCCUGGACUGGGUCGCCACGGGGGACUUCCUAAUGGCCUCUGGCGUGCUGCCGUCGGGCGAGUGGGCGCGGCCGGCCGGGGGCUCGAUCAUCGACUACUUCCUGACCCUCAGGAACCUCGCGGGGCGCCCCACAGCGCCCUCAGGCAUCGCUAGACGCGGCAAUUUGGCCGCGCGUCCCUGCCGCCGCUCGGCCAACGAGGCCCAGCCAGCAGGAGCCGGCCGCAGUCCUCGCGCCGAGCCCAAGCAGCCACCGCGGCCGCCCCUUCCCGGGCGCGCGCGGCGCCCGCGGGCCAGCCAGGCCGAGGCGCAGCUAAAUUUUGGCGCGGCCACCUCGGCCAGCGGCCUCGCCAUCGCUUCGGGCCUGGCCGCGCGGGGCAUCGGCGCCGAGCUCGUGAACAGGCAUGACAUCGCCACAGCCAAAGGGCGCGCCAGGUGCAUGCAUGCGGACGAGCCGCCCCAGUGCAAGUGGAAGCAGUUGCAGCGGCAGCCGAAGCUUCGGCGGGCGCAUCUGGGGCCAGAGGUGAACGCGCAUGCCGCGGCGGUCCGCCGGGCCGCGCACCUGCCGGCGGUGCGCAAGCAGCUCGGCAAGGGCGCGGCGAUGCGCGACGUGGCCUGCGAGCACAUCCCUGGCGAGGGCAGCCGCGGCCAGGCCUCCUCGGUGCACCUGCAGAAGAGCCAGCGCAAGCUGCUCCACCGGUCGUCCGCGCCAUCCGAGAG